GUGACCCCGGAGAUGUUCCGGGAGCUGCAGAACUCCGAGAUCAUCCGGAGGCUCACCGAGACCUUCCAGGAGGACUCCCCGGAGUACCCAUUCUCGCAGAGCUCCCGUCCCUGGCGCCGGUUCCGCUCCGGUUUCUGCGAUCUGCUGGCGGUGCUGGUGCGCCGGGGGCAGCACCGGGAGCUGCAGGACGGUUUCCUCAUGGGCUCGUGGCUCUCGUUCCUCACGGGCCUGGCCGACUCGCAGGUGCGGCCCUUCCGCCACACCGGCACCCUGGCAG